AUGUCCCCUAUCCUAACCUUAACUCAAAAGGAAAAUCCUCAGAGAGUAUUACGCCAAAUGAUGAAUCUUUGCAGACACAUUUAUUCAAGGGGUUUAGUUGACGGAAGUGGUAGCGAUGUAACUAUUAAAGCAUUUGGCAAAGAUUAUCUUUUACAUAGAAUAAUACUUUAUCAAAACCCAUAUUUUUCUGUUUUAUUAGAAGGUCCUUGGAAAGAGAGUGGUCAAAAGGCCAUUGAACUUAAAUUUGAUGAUGAAAAUAUUACUCGUGAUGCAUUUGAAAUAGCUUUAGGUCGUUUGUAUGGUAGAUUAGAUGAAUAUAUAUUACCCAAUCGGGUUCUAAACUUACUUGCCACAGCUUCUUUUCUUGAUCUGCAAGAUUUAUGUGAAAUGUGUGUGGAAGUUAUACUACGUGACAUUAAAGAUGACACCGUUGUACAUUACCUUACUUUUGCUACAACCCAUUUUUAUGGAAGUCAUUCUGAAAAAAUUACUGAAUCUUGUUUUACUUACCUUUGUAGAGAAGGUUACGAUAAUAAUAAAUUGAAGGCUGCUUUUUUGACAUUACCAGUUGAAUGGUUAAAAAAAAUAAUCGAGAGUGACGCGUUUUGGGUUCCUUCUGAAUAUGAAAGAUACUUAUUUACUAGAGAUAUCGUUAGUAAAAGAAGACAGCAACAACAGCAACAGCAACAAAGUAAUCCAGAACCAAAAAAAAGAAAUAAUUCAAUAAACUCAAUAAAUUCAAUAAACUCAUUUGAUGAUUUAAAUCAAUACAGUUCACAAGAUUAUAAAGAUUAUAACGAUCAAUCAGUCGACUUCUCAAAUCCAACGACUCCAACAACUCCAACAAAUAAAAUAAAAAAACUAAUUGAUAACACAUUUAAUUAUCAUACCAGAAGACCAAGCACAAUAACAACCCCGUAUUCGACAACUUAUUCAAUUGAUAAUUACGAUGAAUUUAUUUAUAAUGCAAUAUUUACAUAUGCAAUUUACUAUGCUCACAUGACUUUUGAAGAAUUGAAUUUUAUUCUACGAGAUCGUGAUACUGUAAACAAUAAUGCGCCAUUUGCUCCAGAUUAUGUAGCAAAGGAUGCUUUAUGGCAGCAAAUAGAUUUGCGUAAUAAAAUAGAAAACACUUCGGAGACAGAUUUAACAAUAGGGAUUUCCUCUUCAGAGAUUCCGUCGAGCUCGACGGGUGUACACUUUGAAAUUCCAUCAGACGAUACAACUCAUAUAGGAGAAGCUGUAACUGGGUUAGAAGAUAUGAUUGGCAGCAAUGGCAGUAGCGUUAAUGGCAAAGGUGGUGCUUCUAAAGCAAUUAAAGAUGGUGAAGGUAGAAGAAGCGUUGAAUAUUCAUUAUUUGCUCCUUUUAGGUUCAGUGUUGAAUUUACGGAUGUUGCAAAAUUAAAAGAAAAACAACGGGUUUAUUCAGCAACAAAAUUCUAUGCCGGGUCUAAUUGGAAUAUGUAUAUUCAAAAAAUAAAAACUCCUCGUAAAGGCAUACAACUUGGAGUAUAUCUUCAUCAAGAACGUUUUAAUAAUAACAGUAAUGGAGCGGCGAAGUCAAUACCACGUCCAAAUAUCAAUAAUAAAAAUAACGAAAGAACCUUUUCUAAAUAUGCAGACAAAAGAGAAAAUGUUAGAACUUGGUUUAAAAUAUUUUGCCCAUCAAGAGGGCCAAGUCAUGUAUUAACACAAUUUCAAAGCAGUCCAGAUAACUUUGCAUUGAUGCAAAGUUGGGGCUGGCGUAGUUCGAGUCUUUGUCAGGAUGAUUAUCUUAUGGAUGUGCGUGAUUAUGAUAACUCGUCUUCGAUUUCAAAUGCAUCUUCUACAUUAAAAUUUUCGGUGGUUAUGGGACACGUAUAA